AUGUUCUGGAAUCUUGUAGCCGUCAAUUAUGAGCGGUACCAUCUACACCACCUGGCCAAAAUUGGCGUUCUGAUACUCUACAGUUUCCUAGGAGCCGGAUUAUUCAUUCUGUGCGAAGCGGAACAUGAAAAAAUGACAAAAAACGAGGAUAACAUGCGGAUACUGAGAACUAGUAUAGCAGCAAAGCAGCUCUUUGUGCAGCGGUUGCAGAAUAUGUUCCAAACUUUCAAUACCACCUCUGAAUUCUCAGAGACCAAAUUGAGAAGGGUGUUGUCGGAAUACGACGCGGCGAUGGGUAUCACAAUUGAUAGUAAAAUGGAGACGAGAUGGGAUAUUUGGGGUGGUCUUUAUUAUGCGGGCACCAUUUAUACAACUAUUGGCUAUGGUGACCUGGCUGCUGUGACCAUAUGGGGACGUGUGUGUACUAUGCUAUAUGCGAUGAUUGGAAUACCGAUAGUAAUCAAUAUCUUGAACGAUUGGGGAAAUAUGCUUUUCUAUUUUGUGGAUCACUUUUGGCAAAACAUUGGACGUCCGUGGGUCCAAAAGAUGCAAGCCAGGCUUCGACGGCGGAAAGUCCAGAGUUUGGAGGAGGGCUCCAUCGACAAGACACCUCUAAUGGAAACCUCAUCCACCCAAUCAAAUCCAGAUGGCACUCGUCCCAUCCCUCUUCUGCUCGUCCUCAUUGUCCUAUUCUUCUGGAUGACUCAAUGUGUUGCCUAUUUUGCAUAUUUCGAAAAUUGGACAUUUUUCGAGUCCGUCUACUUCUUUUUCAUCUCAAUGACAACAAUUGGAUUCGGAGAUUUCACCCCAAAUCAUUCGGUGGCCGUUGGAGGAAUCGUAUUCAUUCUGGGCGGACUUUCAGUGGUUUCAAUGUGUAUUAAUGUGAUUCAAAUGCAAUUGGAGUACUUGUUCAAUCAAAUUGUGCAGAGGAUUGAAAACGAUUUCAAGACAACUCUCUCAGUGGCAGUAUCGGAAUUCGGUUCCAUCGACCCUUCAAAAAAGAAAACAAUGAGAACCGAAGGCGACGUGGCAACGAAGUACAGUGAGAAUAUGGAAAUGGGAAAUAAGCUUCUGAUGAGAUUCAUGAGCAAUCAUCAAAAGAAAAUGCUCAACGAGAAGUUUGACGAGAGAGCGAAAAUGAGGAAUAGUGGAACACAGACGACGAGUCAGAUAAAGGUAGCCAGUGUCCAAACAGCCGAUCGUUACGAACAGACCUGGGAUGAGGAUCCGGAAGAAGCACAACCAAAGUCUAGGAUAAAUACAAGAAGAUUGUAUAUUUACAACACUGGCGAAUAA